UCUCUCUCUCUAAAAGUAGUUGUUCAGGGGAGACAGUAAUUGCUUUAGUAGUAGCCACCACCAUUUGUUAAAAGAGUUUGGGGGCAGUGAAGAGCAGAUUUAAAAAAAAAAAAAAAGCAAUCGCCGCCAUUAUUAGAUAGUGACUAUUCGAAUUUGAAUCGGAAAGAGACCCCCAAAGAUCUCUCAUUUUUUGUUUCCACAGGUAAAGGCUGAUCCGGGAGUAACGAACUUCACUUCAAAGUUCCUCUUUUUGGAUUUAAAGAUCUCAUCUUUUGGUGAAAAUUGGAGAAAAUGAUGAGACCAGAUGAUGCUAUACCUCUUGACUAUGCUUUCUUUCAACUCUCCCCAAAACGGUCAAGAUGUGAAUUGUUUGUCUCUACUGCGGCGGGGUGUACUGCGAAGAUUGCUUCUGGACUGGUCAAACCUUUCGUUGCUCAUUUGAAAGUCGCUGAAGAGCAGGUCGCCCGGGAAGCUCACUCUCUUAUCAGGCUUCAAAGUAGUAAAAAUGCUGCAACUUGGUUUACUAAAGCGACGCUCCAGAGGUUUGUACGCUUUGUUAGUACACCAGAGGUUCUGGAAUUGGUAAGCGCUUUGGAUGUGGAAAUGUCUCAGUUAGAGGCUGCUCGUAAAAUAUAUGGCCAGGGUACUGGUGGUGAUCAGCGAUCUGGUGCAAAAGAUGGCACAGAGACUACACCAGGAGCUGAUGUGACAAAGAAGGAGCUACUGAGAGCUAUUGAUUUACGGCUUGCAGCAGUUACGCAGGACUUGGCAACUGCUUGUAAUCGUGCUACCGCUGCUGGUUUCAAUCCAGUCACUGUACCCGAACUUAGUCAAUUUGCUGAUCGAUUUGGGGCCAAUCGCUUGAAUGACGCAUGCACCAAGUUUAUCGCAGUUUGCCAGAGAAGACCAGCGCUAAUGAGCUCCUGGAGGUUCAAUCAGGAAGAAGAAGAAGCUAUACGUUCCUCAUGGGAAUCUGAUAUGUCAACUGAUGAUCCCAGUGAAGAUCCAUCCAAAAACCUAGUAACUAACAGAACCCAACAACACAGGGAACAUCAAACUGGUAUGGAAGAAUCAAAGCGUAGUCAUGGUGAAAAGGAUGAAGAAGAGGAAAAAAGUCCUGUGCAGAAUGAGCCAUCAGCAGGUCAGACUAGGCAGCUAACGAGACGGCUCAGUGUGCAGGAGAGGAUCAACCUAUUCGAAAACAAGCAGAAAGAAAACUCUGGAGGGAAAACAGCCGUGGUAGUAAAAUCCACUGAGCCGAAAAGGCUCUCUUCUGAUUUAUCAUCUUCUGCAGGCAUGGAAAAAGUUGUGGUACGUAGAUGGAGUGGUGCUAGUGACAUGAGCAUUGAUUUGGGAAAUGAUAGGAAGGAUGGUACUGGUGGUGAUAGUCCCUCGUCGUCAUCAUCAGUGUCCAAAGAUGGAAGUGGUGUAUCGUCAAAACAUUCUGUCGGCUACAAUAAAAGAGAGCAGAACGAAUAUAGUUCUUCAACCAAUUCAAGCUCUACAGUUUUAGGGAAAGACAGGGAGGUAGAUUUGAAGUUGCCAUUGAUCAGUGAUAAAAACUCCAAAGGGACUUUGGAUUACUCAAGGAAUGCAAAUAUAGAUGAUGAUGAUGAGUCCAAUAACAAAAUGGGGGAUUUUGAAUCAGAUAAGGAGGAUCAAAUACAGUUUAGGGAUCCUCGGAGUCAUUCAUUGUCUACAUUACAGCAGUUAAGUGGUACUACUGAAUCUAAUCUCACUAGUGUUCGGAGCAAUGGAGGAACUGUGGAGUCUCCUAGGAAAGAACCUUCAGCUAGGCAAUCACCACCAGUUGAAGAUCGUCAGAGAAAGACACAGGUCUAUGGAGGUACUGAACAGAUGAAGAGACUACAUGGUAGAAGGGCUGAGACUGGUUCUGUUGAUGUAAAUAAAAAGCCACCUGCAGCCAUUAAUAGCGUGUCAGUUAUCUCAGAGAGUGAUGAUACUCUAAACCAAAUGUCCCCAGCAGAGCAAGUUCAAAGGGCCAGAGCGUCGUCCAAGGGAAGUCAAGAGCUGAAUGAUGAAUUAAAAGUGAAAGCAAACGAGCUUGAAAAGCUAUUUGCUCAACAUAUGCUCCGUGUGCCGGGAGAUCAAUCCAGUUCUGUCCGUAGAGGUAGUAAGCCCUUAAAGGCGAGUGAACAGGCUGUGACAUCAAAGCUUAGAGAAGAUUUAUCUUCUCCACAAGUUUCUAGUCAGAAGACCCAAAAAAUGCCAAGUUUAAGCUCAAACGAUGAAGACAAGUUCAAAACCCCACCAACAAUGAAGGUGGUUGCUAACAGUGACUAUGGAGAUGCCACAAGGCACAAGUUUCCAGAAAUCAGCUUUUCAGAUAACUCUAGAGGGAAGUUGUACGAGGAAUAUAUGCAGAAGAGAGACGCAAAGCUGAAGGAAGAGUGGAGUUCAAGAAGGACCGAGAAGGAAGCCAAGUUAAAGAUGAUGCAAGAUAUACUUGAUCGCAGUAACGCUGAGAUGAAAACCAAAUUUUCUCAGUCUACUGCAAGACGUGACUCAGAUGUCAGACGUGCAGAGAAGCUUGUCUACUUCAAUUCUAGGCUGAGUGCUAAAAAAGAUCAGCAUCCAAUUAGCUCAUUCCACAGUGAAGAAGAUGAAGAUGUUUCCAGGAGCACACAGAACAAGAAGCUACAACAAAACAAAAGCAGUUCCUUGACUGCUCGAACCACUGCUUCACGCUCUGCAGCCAAAGUUUCUACACCUAGUUCUGCUAGGCGGAGAGGACAAGACAAACUUCUUGCACAGUCAGUCCCUAACUUAGCCGAGUUCAAGAAGGAAGGCAUGAUGAAACCAUCCUCUGGAGUUGGCAAAAAUGGUGUCCGCUCACAGGCGAGAAGCUCUGUGAGACCGAAGGCUGUAACCGAAGAAGAGAAGCUGCGAAGGCGGCCGACAAAUAUCAGAAAAGUUGCAGCUGAAGCGGCAGAAGAUGAUGUUUCUGUACCUUUGAAUCUUGAGCAAGAGCAUGGCGGGAGAAAUUUUAACAAUCUCAUCUCUGACAGUGCGCAGCUUAAGGCUUCAGAGGGAUCAGAUGCAUCAGACGAAAUGGAGAAAGAGGAGGUGGAAGAUGACACAGAAGUUGAAGCUUUUACUGAUGCAGAAAACGAGAAAUCAAGACUCAGUCAAGAGUUUGAAGAAUGUGAAUCUUUUUCUCAGCUUGACCCUGAUUCAAAUGCUGAGUUACCUUCUAGGCAUCACCAAACCAUCGGUUCGUUUCUGGAGUCACGAGUAAAGCAGCAUCAAUACCAAAACGAGUCAUCUGAGCUUGAUGCUUCAGUGGACUCACCAGUGGAUAGUCCAACUUUCUGGAACUUGGCUUCUUCCCUUAACCACACAGAGAAUGAUACAAGUCAAAUGAGAAAGAAAUGGGGAGGUGCUGCUGCUGCUCAGAAACACGUUGCUGCUGGUCAGUGCCAACAAGAUGUGACGAAAGGGUUAAAAAGGCUAUUGAAUUUUGGAAGGAAAAACCGUGCGGCUGAGAAUUUGGCUGACUGGAUAUCUGCUACAACCUCUGAAGGGGAUGAUGACACUGAAGAUGGACGUGAUCUUCUUGCAUAUCGAUCAUCAGAAGACUUGAGAAAGUCUAGGUUUUUACCCUCUGAUGAUAGCUUCAACGAGAGUGAGCUAUUCAAUGAACAAGCACGAACCACAAGCGCACCAUUGAGCUUUAAACUGAAGGAGGAUCAGAUGUCAGGUACUUCUGUAAAAGCACCAAGGUCAUUCUUUUCACUCUCCAAUUUUCGUAGCAAAGGGAAAUGAUUGAAAUCAAAGGUUCUUCAUAAAAGAUAUUCAGGCAGGAUCCAAGCGAAUGAAAGAUUAAAGGAUUGACAUCACAGGCAGGGAGACGACACACAAGUGUAGAAGAGUGAAAUGAUCUGAGAUAUUUAUGUGCUUCUUUGUUUCCUGGUCAAUUGUUGUAUCAUUGAGAAUAGUUGUUUCUCUUGUAUUCAAAUAUCAUCAUCCUCUGUAUACUCUCUGUGAUAGUGGUUUUGAGCCUACAUUUGUAAAUUGUAUCAAACCUGAAACAUGUCCCUUA